UUUAAAAAGCGCCCUAAGGCGCGCGCCUAGGCGCGCCUAGGCUCAAGGCGCCCACUUGGGGCUUAUUUGUGAGGAGGCGCAGCGAAUUAUAAAAAGCCCAUAUUAGGCGCGCGCCUCCCUUGAGGCGCGCCUAGGCGCAAGUCGAAUUAGGCGUGGGCUUUUUUUUAUAAGUUAUGGGCUGGGCUUUAAUUAUAAAAAACUAUUAUUAUUUAGGUUUUUUAAACCUAUUACAUAAACGUGAAGAAAGAACCCUUCUCCUUUCGCGCGUGAAGUUUCUUCAACACGACUCUUCAUCUACUUCUUCAGUUCUUCGUCUUCCGUUCUGCUUCUACUUCAGUUCUUCGUCUUCGUCUUCCGUUUGCUUCCUUUUCCACCCUUCCGUUCCGGUCACCCUUCUUCUUCACACAAAACGAGUGCUGCGGCUGCCAUUACUCUGUUUUUUGGUGCACACGACUCUUCAUCUACUUCUUCAGUUCUUCGUCUUUCGUUCUGCUUCUACUUCAGUUCUUCGUCUUCGUCUUCCGUUUGCUUCCUUUUCCACCCUUCCGUUCCGGCCACCCUUCUUCUUCACACAAAACGAGUGCUGCGGCUGCCAUUACUCUGUUUUUUGGUGCAAAAACAGAGGAAAAGAGAAGACAAUAAUAUUCUGUGCUACAGUGCUUCAGUUUUCGCCUCCUCCAUCUCAGCUUUAUCACGGGUUAGUAUCUCAAUCGUUCAGUUAACAUCUGCAUUGCUUUCUCCUUCUUCUGUAACUCUUUGACAAGAACAUCAAACUCCAUUGUUUUCUGUUUUCAUAGCAUGGUAUACCCAUUGAGUUAGAAAAAACUCUCUAAAGUCUACAUCUUCUUCUUCUUAUACUUCUCAACUUCAACUUCCUUCGAUAACCCAUCAAACUCAACCUUCAUCCCAUCCAUCUCACAACACACUCCCCUCCAAUCCUCCAUUUAUAACAACUUCAUCCCAUCCAUAGAUAGCUUCUGUUUUUUUUUUUUUUAAUAACAGCUGCUGUUUUAAAUAGUUUCUGUUUUUUUUUUUAUAACUUAGAUCAUAGAUGGCUGAUGAAAGUUCGAGAAAAGAUCCGGCAUGGAAAUAUGGUCAAUUGCAAAAUGACCAAAAUAUAAAUACGUUUGUCUGUGGAUUUUGUUCGAAAGUAACAAAAGGAGGGGUAUAUAGAAUGAAACAACACCUCGUUGGUGGUUAUAGAAAUGUCACCGCCUGUACAAAAUGUCCGGAUCACGUGAAGGAAGAAAUUAAAGAGUACAUGUCCAAGAAAAAAGAUAUUAAAGAACAAAGAAAUCUGAUUGUGGACAUUGAUGUAGAAGAUUAUGAUAUUGAGGAUGAAGAUGAAGGGAGUGUUAGUGUAAACAACAAAGCAACACCAAGGGGCCCGAGCUUGAAGAAGCCAAGGCAAAAGGGUCCAAUGGAUGCAUUUUUUACUCCUAACCCAGAAACUGUGGUUCAAAAUAGAAAGGACAAAGGAAAACAAACUUCAUUGAAUGCGACAUACAAGAAGGAAAUGAGAGAGCACACCAUCCAAAGAAUUGCUCGAUGGUUUUAUGAUGCAGGAGUGCCUUUGAAUGCUUGCACAUAUGAAAGUUUUGCCCCUAUGAUUGAGUCAAUUGGGCAAUUCGGUCCUGGAUUGAAACCACCAUCUUAUCAUGAGUUAAGAGUUCCAUGUUUGAAGAAGGAAUUAGAAGCAACAAAUGAGUUGAUGAGUAACCAUAAGGUAGAGUGGGCCAAGGUUGGAUGCACUGUUAUGGCUGAUGGAUGGACCGAUAGAAGAAAUAGGACAUUAAUUAACUUUUUAGUUAAUAGUCCUAAAGGCACCAUGUUUAUUGAGUCCAUCGAUGCUUCAUUUUAUGUGAAAGAUGGAAAGAAGAUGUUCGAGUUACUUGAUAAUUUUGUAGACCAAAUUGGAGAAGCGAAUGUUGUACAAGUAGUUACUGAUAGUGCCUCAGCAAAUGUGAUGGCAGGGAGAUUGUUAGAAGCAAAACGACCACAGUUAACAUGGUCUCCGUGUGCCGCUCAUUGCUUAGAUUUGAUGUUGGAGGAUAUAUACAAGAUCUCGAAUAUUCGCAAAGCAUUGAAAAGAGGCAUAGAGAUCAGCAAUUUCAUAUACGUUCGUCCUGGAUUGUUAAACAUGAUGCGACGUUUUACUAACCAAAAGGAGUUAGUUAGACCAGCUAAGACUCGUUUUGCUACUGCUUGCAUUACAUUAUCGAGUAUACAUCGUCAAAAGAAUAAUCUGAGGAAGAUGUUUACUUCAGAUGAAUGGAAGGACAGCAAAUGGAGUAAGGAGCAACAAGGGAAACGAGUAGUUCAGACUAUUUUGUUGGCUAGUUUUUGGACUACAAUUGUUUUCGCUCUUAAAGUAUCUGGCCCACUAGUCCGAGUUCUUAGAUUGGUUGAUGGCGAGAAGAAGCCACCUAUGGGAUAUAUUUAUGAGGCCAUGGAUAGAGCUAAGGAAGCUAUUGCUAAAUCCUUUAAUAAUAAUGAAGAAAAAUACAAGGACAUUUUCACCAUAAUUGAUAAAAGAUGGGAGCUUCAGUUGCAUCGUCCUCUUUUUGCUCUUUCAUUUUGCCCCGGAGUUCUUGUUUCGUUCUUCCUAGGUUCUGUUAUAGAUCUCUAUACGAGGAUCUAUGUUUCUAUCCCAGAAGUUCUUCGUUUCGCUCUUCAUUUAUUCCAUAAAAUCAACACUCUGCAUGCAGCGGGGUAUUAUUUAAACCCGUCAUUCUAUUAUUCGAAUCCUAACAUCCAGGAGGAUGAUGAAAUAGUUAAUGGACUCUACUCAUGCAUAACGAAAAUGGUUGCUUCAUUGGAAGUACAAGACAAAAUACUUGCAGAACUAAGCAAGUAUAAGAGGGCUGAAGCAUUAUUCGGACAACCUUUAGCAAUCAGACAAAGGGACAAAAUAUCUCCAGGUAAAUUUCAACUAAACGAUUAUUCAACGAUACUAGCAACAAGCUCUUCUAUUAAUAUAUAUAUUUUUUUGUUUGUGCCUAUAGUGGAAUGGUGGGAUAAUUUUGGACAAUCAACUCCAAACUUGCAAAAGUUUGCUGUGAGAAUUUUAGGUCUUACUUGUAGCGCUUCUGGAUGCGAGCGUAAUUGGAGUGUGUUUGAACAGCUUCAUAGCAAGAAACGAAAUAGGCUUGCUCAAAGUCGUUUGAAUGAUCUAGUGUUCAUCAAAUACAACAGAGCACUAAAACGUCGAUACAACCUACGAGAUAUUGUCGACCCCAUCUCCUUGAAAGAUAUUGAUGAUAGUAAUGAAUGGUUGAUUGGAAGAUUGGAUGACGAUUCUGAGGAGGAUGAUGAGUUGGUAUUUAAUGAUGAUUCUUUAACGUGGGGUGAUGUUUCUAGAGCUGUCGGAGCAAAAGAACCAUCAUUCUAUUCUAGAGCUAGUACCUCUAGACCAAAGACUAUUGUUUCAUGUUCAUCCUCGUCUACCACGCAACGGAAACAAGUAAAUUUAGAUGACUUCGAUUUGGAAGAAGAAGAUACUGAUGGCUAUAAGUCUAACGAAGGAUUGAAUGAAGACGAGGAUCAAUUUAGUGAUGAUGAGUUUGAUCUUUAGGGAUGAACUUUUAUUUUGAUUAUUGACUUGUUGAAUACUGGGUAGUUUUUUGUUGUGUUUUGUUGUUUAGGCUACUUAUAUUGGGUACCUAUAUUUUAUACAUUGUUGCUCUGCUAUAUGUGUGUAUAUAUAUUUUCUUCUCUUUUUAUAUAUAGUGCGCCUUAUGAAAAAAAGCUCGCGCUUUUUUUUGCGCCUUGCGCCUAGGCUCCAGAGGACUAAUGCGCCUUAGUGCGCCUUGAGCCUUUAAAAA